GGUUCCAGUCAUCGGCUCGGCAGGAGGGACGUUUUUUUUUUUUUUACCGUUAGUGGCAGUUGCGGCGGGGAGGUUAGUGCGCAGGCGCGCGCUGGUGGCCGGGAGUGUCUCGCCGGCGGCCGAGGGUGACCUUGGCAGUUUCGGCUGCCGCCUGAGGGAGGCUGAAAAGGUAUAUCUUCUGAUAUCCAAUAAAUGAAAUCCCAUCCACAAUGAAUUUAGUACUGAUAUUCCUCUUUAAUGGAAUAAUUGUUUGCUGUAGUGGUAAUUCUGCGCAUGAGUCAACACCUAGGUUGCUCCUGGUGUCUUUUGAUGGUUUCAGGGCUGAUUACCUGAAGACAUACGAUCUUCCAUAUCUCCAAGAUUUUAUCAAAGAUGGUGUGCUUGUGGAACACGUUACCAAUGCUUUCAUCACAAAAACUUUCCCAAAUCAUUACAGCAUAGUCACAGGUUUGUAUGAGGAAACCCAUGGCAUCGUAGCCAAUGCCAUGUUUGAUGCUGCUACGAAGAAGAACUUUUCAGCGUUCCAGCAUUCCGAUCCUUUUUGGUGGAAUGAAGCCAUUCCCAUUUGGGUCACCAACCAGUGGCAAGAGAACAAAACAAGCGCCGCUGCGAUGUGGCCUGGCACAGACGUCCGCAUUCACAAUACCACCCCUCAUUUUUUCAUGAAAUACCAGCCUUCAGUACAUUUCACUGAAAGAUUAGAAAACAUUGUCAGGUGGCUGAACAGUUCCGACCCACUUGUCACUUUCGCUACUCUUUACUGGGAGGAGCCGGAUGCGAGCGGGCACAAGUAUGGUCCGGAAGAUAUUAAAAACAUGACCAGUGUCUUACAGGAAGUAGAUAAACUUAUUGGCCACCUCGUUAAGAGCCUGAAGGUCUCUAAACUGUGGGAGGAAAUAAAUGUUAUAAUUACCAGUGAUCACGGCAUGGCACAGUGUUCCCAGGACAGGCUGAUCAAACUGGAUCUCUGCAUUGAGCCACAGGCAUAUACUCUGAUAGACAAGAGCCCAGUAGCAGCCAUACUGCCUCUUAAUAAUGAAACUUAUGUGUAUAACAAGUUGAAAAUCUGCAGUGAUAAAAUGAAGGUUUAUCGUAAAGAAGAAAUUCCAGACCGAUAUCAUUACCACCACAAUGAGCGCAUUCAGCCUAUAAUCUUGGUUGCAGAUGAAGGCUGGACAAUUGUGCACAACGAGACCCUUCCCAGAUUAGGAGACCAUGGCUAUGAUACUGCAUAUCCCAGCAUGCAUCCCUUCUUGGCAGCCCAUGGGCCCGCUUUCCGCAAAGGCUACAGGCUGACGACAAUGAAUACUGUGGACAUUUAUCCCAUGAUGUGUCAUAUCCUUGGCUUGACGCCCCAGCCCAACAAUGGCACCUUGAGCAACGCCAAGUGUUUGCUAGCUGACCAGUGGUGCAUAAAUAUUCCUGAAGCCAUUGGGAUCGUGAUUGGUGUCUUGAUGGUGUUAACUACGCUGACGUGCCUUAUUGUCAUCAUGAAGAACAGGCCUUCCCUGCGUCCAUUUUCACGCCUUCAGCUUCAGGAAGAUGAUGAUGACCCCUUAAUUGGAUAAUUGGCUUGGCAGCUUUGGCAGCGUUCCACUGGCUGUGUCUUGAAAACUGGACAUGAUGGGGAAACUUAUACUGAAAAACCUUUUGUGAUGCACUUUAAAAUAAAGAUCCACCCUGAAUACUGCAAAAAAA